GGCCCCCACCUGGUGGUGGUCCCCGCCUCGCUGCUGGAGAACUGGCAGCGGGAGCUGCGCCGCUGGUGCCCCGGCCUCAAGGUGGUGGUCUACUACGGCAAGCACCGCGCGGUGGUGCGCAAGCGGCUCGCCACGCUCAGGUGGGACCGCCUGGACCGCGGCUUUUUGGAGAAGUGGCGGUGGAGCCACCUGAUCAUGGAUGAGGCUCACGCUCUGAAGAACAGGAACGCGUCGCGCACCACCCGCCUGCGCCGCGUCUCCAACGCCUCGCGCCGCCGCAUCAUGAUGACGGGCACGCCGCUGCAGAACGACCUGGCGGAGCUGCAGAACCUGCUGCACUUCCUGCUGCCCUCGGUGUUUGCGGCG